AUGCGCUCGUCCAAUCGCAAUUGGGAGCACUCAAACAGCCACCGCCGUGGCGUUCUCACAGAUGAUAACGACGCUCUGGCUGGUGAACUAUGUGUAAAGGUCGAUCUGCUGCGUGAACUCUCCAAGAGUAUCGGCGAUGAAGUGCGUGAUCAGAAUGCCUUUCUCGACGGCAGUCUUUCAGAUAUGUUUACGCGCUCCGAGGGUAUGCUGCGGUCGGCCCUGCGCCGAGUCGGUCGCAUUCGACGAGAACACGGUUUCUGUGCUUGUGGUCUCUAUUGCCAGCUUUUCCUAUUUGCUCUCCUCUUUUUCUUCCUUUGUUGGCUCCUUCUUAAGUUUGCUCGGUGA